AGAAGAUAGAUGGCUAUGGCCGCCUCCGCCCUAACCCGCAGCAGAAUCAUCAUCUUUGUGCUCAUCGUAAUAGCCUCAACAAUAACCGCCGAAAGGGUCCGUUUGGAGGAGGAUGACCACCGAAUCCUCAAGGCAAUGAUGGGCCGGUGCGGGGAGAUAUUCCUCAACCCCUCUUCGCCGCCGCCGGACAACAUCGUCCACGCCGAUGAAGCCCGGCUAGUCCCGAGACUCACCAUGUACAACUGCCAUCUACUUUUCGGUCAGGUCAGUAAGAUAGCGGGCAGCAUCACUCCCGCAGCCAUUCGUCAGUUCGAAUUGUACGAGGUGCCCUUCUAUUAUCCGAGGGCCUAUUUAUCAUGGGUAUCGCCAGAUUUUGAGGACUUUUCGGAACGUGGAGUCUCCGUCAAAGGUAAUAAAACUGAGAUUCCCGACAGAGAUUACCACGCCUUGAAGACGGUCAUGGAUUCUUGUGUCCUCCAGUUACUGGAUGAGGAUUAUGAAUCCGAAUCAGAAUCUGGGGAUAAUAUCAGAUUCUGCAAGGAGUACUUUGACUACUUCUCCUCCUUUUACUACUACAGGGACAGGCUGACCCCCGAGUUCGUCCAUGUCAUGAAACACUUUGAAAAGUACUACGCACUUGGCUUUGAGGCAAAGAGAAUACAUAUUUGCUUGCUCACUAAGAUGCGUAGUCCCCAAGACUGUUUCCAUCUUUACGAGUGCUGCUUUCCAGGAUUUGGAGAAGCUGUCCUAAAGGACACCCCUGUGCUUCAUUUAAUUACUGCUGGCCUCCAUUCAUAGGUGUUAUAUAUGAUCCCUCCAUCUAUUCUCAUUGCCUUUUUUUCGUUUUUCUAUGAUUAAAUUAAAUCAGAGGGAGCUAUCUAGCUAUCUGCUCAUGCGUGAUGCCCUUAGUAUAUAGCCAGCUUGUUUAUCACCAACUAUGAUACUGUAAGUUUAAUUUGGGUUAUAUCCGUUAUAAGUUCUCUAAUAUUAGGUUGCAUUUGGACAUGUAACUAAUUAAUACUGUCCGUCCCAUUUUGGUUGUCUUACUUUCCUUUUUGGGUUGUCCCAAAAUCGAUGUCAUGUUUCCCUUUUUGGUAAGAAAUUUAUAGUCCAUAUCAUUUCACUUUAUUUUACACAAAUCUCAACCACAACUUUUAGUCUUUUACUUUUCAACCAAUUUAUUAAUAACCGUGCCAAAUUGAAAUGAAACAAUCAUUAUGGGACGGAAGUAGUAAUUCUUUGCACUUUAAGUAUUGCUCCAUCAGAAAAGUAUAGUAUGCUUUCUAUAUGGCGCGCCGUAAAGUCACCAGAGAAUAUGUCCACCGAAAAGGAUAAUUUAGUUGCCAAAAUCGUUAAAUUGCAAAGAUUUAUUAGUUAUAAGAUCAAUAAUUCCUUAAGGGAGAAUGCUUGGGAAUUUGAGUGAAUGAACUUCAACGCUUUAAGCUGCCCUGUUUUCUUAUUGCUUUAAUCGUGUAGUUUUGCUGCUAUAUAUCAUAUCGCCUAGGGAUGUUUUCUUUUGGACUGUUUUCAGUCCCAGACCAGAUCAGACCAGACCAGACUUAAACAGACCAGACCAGACUUAAACAGAUCAGACCAGACCAGACUUGGAUAGUUAUAAAAUACACAGAGACCAGACGUUUACCAGACCAGACCAGACUUAAACAGACCAGACCAGACCAGAUCAGCAAAUUUCAGUCCAAAAGAAAACAUCCUAGCUAGUAACUCCGUUAUGCUCAUUUUAAAGAUGUUUUUAGCAAUGCAUAUUUCAAAAGUCUCUAUUACAUUAAAUUUAUAUAGGAGUUGAUUAUAGACACGAGAUCACAAAUCAUGAAACUCAAUCGCAAAUUGUAAUACCCAAUAACUGAGGUUUGAUGUUCACUGAAAAUGUAUUGAUGCCCAACGAACAAAACUUAUAAUUUUCAUAUCAAU